AUGUUAAAAUACCAAAAAAAGAAUUCAUAAAUGCUUAAAAAUAGCUUACAGGGACUUAUGAGUGGAUUAGAUAUGUUUGGAUAACCUCCUGUGUUGAGAAUUUUGAAAAAAAAUAAAUUCACUACUUCAACUGGGUUGUUUUGUUCAUCAGCUAUUACAACAAUCUGUAUACUAUAUUUAAUUUAUUAAAUCAAAUAAUUAUAUGAUCGAAAAAACCCUAUUGUUGUAUUUUCAGAGUAUUAAAUGACUGAUACUGCUGUAAGACAAUUUAAUUAUUAAAGCCUGUUCCUUUGCUGAUGAAUAACUUUACGAUGGCAAUUUCCAUUGCAAAUUUAAGUUUGAACAGUCUUGCAACAUUAAAUACCCAUUUUACGAUUACAGUAAAAAAUUGCCAGAGGUUAAGAGUUAUAGAUGAGUAAACAGGCAAAACUAAAAUACAACAGAAGUAUCUUUUUUGAUUCUAGUAUCUAAGUUGUACAGAAUACCCUACAGAAGCAUGUAGUGAUAAACAUUUCGUUACAAAUGUUUAAAAAUAAUAUUUUUAAUCUAUCAACUUAGGCAAUGUUUAAUGUCUAAAUUCAGAAUAAUGGCAUAAAACACCACCAGUAAUUAAUUUUAAAUAAAUCUUAGAUUUUAUAAGGUCAAAUUGCUGGCAAAACCUUUUCGUACAUCACCAUUAUGAUUUAGGAAUGUAAGAAUUCUAGUUCUUACAAUUUAUGUGCUCCUAAAGAAAGUAUUUAAUAAGAAUUGAAAACAGGAUAUUAUGUUGUUCAUUUAUCAGAUAAUUUAGUAUAAAUGAAACAACCAGGAUACCCGUUUUCAGAAUAUAUUUCACUUUAAUAUACAACAUUGUCAAUUGCUAAUUCAAAAACUAUUAUUUAAAAUUUAAAAGUGACAAAUGUCAUAACUGACAAUGGACUUAUAGCUGAUGAUAAAUCUGAAUCUUCUAGUUUAAUUUAGUACACUAAUCGUGAAUCAUAAGAAGAAUAUAAUGAUUAAUUUUUAAUUCUUCAUUAUAUUACUCUUGAUCAAAGAUAGGCUGAAUAUUCUAGAUCUUAUUCUAAAGUUUAAGCUAUUUUAAGUACAAUAGGUGGGCUUUAUCAAGUUUUAUUUUUAUCCAUUUGUAGUUUUUUAAGACCUUUAAUCUAAAAAUUUAUGAAUCUAUAAAUGGCCAAUAAAUUAUUUCGAUUUGAAAAUGCCAUAGAUUAUUUAGAUGAUGAUCAACCAAUUUAGGAUAAUUUUAUUGUUUCAUCACCUAAAUAAUAAUCAUCUUAAAGAGUAUUAGAUUUUGAUAUUAAAAAAUCUUCAUUCUCUAAAUCUUUAGGUAAAUCUCAUAAAUCAAAGAAUUUUGAAAAAAUCUAAGACUCUAAAACAAUGAGUUAGUUUCUAAAGUCUAAAAAGUAGUCUUUAAAUUUAACAUUAAGAGAUAUGAUUGUUAUGAGUUUUGGGUGUAAGAAAAAGGAAUCGAUGUAAAUUUAAUAUGCAACUGAUAAAUUUAUGUCUAAAUUAGAUGUUGCUUAUAUUAUAUCUAAAAUUUAUGAAAUAGACAAAUUAAAACUUGUAUUAUUAAAUGAAGACUAAUUAUAAUUAUUUAAUUAUUUACCAAAACCUGUUAUACCUUCUGCUCUUUUUGGAGAUGAUGCAGAAAAAAAAGUUAAAGAAAUUGAAUCAAAAAAAGCUUAUUAAUUCAUAUUAUAAGAUGAAAAAUCAGAUCUUUUAAAACUCCAAGAGGCUUUUAUGUCUUUUGCAAAAUUAAAAAAGAAAAACGAAUUAAGUUAAAUAGAUAAAAAUAUCAUUUAAAUCUUAGAUGAAGACAUUUUAGAAUUAUUUUAAACUUUAAAUAAAGAUCAAACUAAAUUAGACUAAAUUUUUAAUUAAAAACUUAGUCUUAAUCUUCAAGUUUCAGAACCAGAUUAUAAAAGAUCUCAUUCAAUCGUAGAUGUUGAUUAUUCAGAAGAUUAACCUAAUUCUAUACCAUAUCUGAGAUCAAGAUCUUGA